GUGGGUCGUGAUUCUGCGUUGCUGCUUGUUUAACGAGCUAGUGGGCUGCCUCUAUCCGACUUGCGCUUGAGAGCAGCUUCGGUUGCCCGGGGAACGAAUAGUCACAGUCGCGCCGCCAUUGUUCGUAACAUCAUCAUUUCGUGUGGUCCUGACUACAAGCCCCUGCCGCCGUAUCGGCAAGGCUAGAACCCCGCAAAAGCUCGCAGCGACAUCAACACACGUGUGUUUUAAAAAUAGCGUUACAUCAUUGUGUGACUUCACGAAUGUAAAAUGCUACAAAUGUCAGUGAGAACAGAUAUGUUUUCAUUAAUCGUGGUUUAUGUAUGCAGGUACAUAUUUCGGGGAAAAGUUCUACGUUAUGACUUAUUGUAUCGUGAAGAGCAAAACGAAUGAUAUGUAUGAUGUCAUUCGGUAAUAUUCGUAGGUGUAACCAGUGGGAUUUAUAGCAGUUAUUGAUCAUUUGAUAAAUAUUCUGUGGUGCUGAAAAUACGGGAUGGAGGCCAGAUUGGUGUGACGGGGGACGAAAGAAGGACGUGUUUUGGCAGACCCACAAACACAUUGUGGGAUAUGUAAUUAUCAUUAAACAGGCGUAGAAGAUCGAAAUAAGGAUUCAGAAGCACAAUGUGGCCCGUAAUCAGAGGGAAAGGGACCAGUUGAGCAAGGACAAAGUGGGACACCUCCCAGAUGUUCCUGCAGAGCUUGUUGAGACAUUAUCCGGAUGUUGAUGGAUGUGGGCGUGAAGGACCUGUGACUUAGUUCCUAAGAGAAAGCAUCAUGGGUCGACGCCAGACAUUCUCCUCUUGGCCGCGGCAGCUGGUGCUAAUGCUGUUAGUUCCACCACUACCGUCUGCGUCCCCGCCACCGUCAUUGCUCGGGAUUGAUGCUCCCACCGAGUCUAUGAUCUUAGUACAGCCCCGUCGUCGUCAUCGGUAUCACUUCUUGUUGUCGAAAUUGUGUGCAAGAAACAAGGAGGAAGCGAAUCUUUGUGAGAAGAUAUUGAUUUGCUGAAAUAUUGAAAGAGUUUAUUUUCAGUUCUAGUACUCUUCCUGGAUUCACUUCUUAUGCUUUUGUAUGUUUCCAAGCCACGGAAUAUGCGCAGUGUUUAGCAAUAUAUAUAAAAGAACUUUUCUAGAAUCGUGCGAAGUUUGAGAGCAAGUAUUAACUAGUGGCAGUAUGUUCGGAAUUAUUACUCUAUGUGUUUCGCAAGUAGACUGCUAAGAGUUUUUUCUAUUAAAUUAUAUUUAUUCUUUUAACGUGUGUUGAGUCGUGCAAUAUAUAUGAAAUAUAGUAGGCGUAUGGUUAUUUAUGCAUGACGUGGUUAAUAACAACAUGCCUGGAUAGUUCAGUGCGUACUAAUAAUCAGUGAUGAAUUUGGUUUUGUCUACGUACAGAUAAUCAAGACAGUUUACCGGUAACUACGUCAAGAAAUAAACUCUGAGUGAUAACCAAAAAGCUCUUGUGGAGGUUAAAAAUAAGACUUGUUUCCGCGGGUUUACAUUAACUGGUAAUUUUUAUAGGCCGUGCACAUAUUCUAGGUGUGGGAAUCAGGUUUACUGUUUUUACAUAAUUUGAAGUGAAAAUAGGGUGAAGUGAUAUGUUUAUAAUGUUUGCAGAAUGGGCAGACCGUGCUGCCCAUGAGAAUUGUCAGCCAUGAGAUGAACUCGCCUGAACAGCAUCUUCACGACGCCGACUCGCCGUCGUCGCCAUCUUUGGCGCCUGGUGCAGUUGCCGUGCCGUCACAUUUACGGGUCGCACGCUGUGUGACACGUUAUGCCUCGUGCACGGUAGACCCUCGUCCAGGUCGUGCUGUACAUUAUCCUGAUUUGAAUGCUUGUCUUGUUAACGAGGGUCGACCUGAACCCGUAGAUUGCAACACAAUUCAUUUCGGUUACGCGAUCCCUGUAUCGGUUGUGCCGCUUCCUGAAGAACCAGAACUUGCAGAAUUAGUUUUAGAUCCCACCCCCGAUUUGACUCCAGAGGCUGUUUCUUAUCUCCUGAGACAUCAUCCACAGCUCAGGCAAGAAUACGACAACAGUCAAGAUUUGAACGGUGGUAGCGGAAAUAUCAAGAUGGCAGCGACUGCUAAACACGAACACCUUAGAGGCAGAGAUGGUGGAAAGUUCGUCGCUGAACCGGAAGAAGACAUAGCUGCAAUUGCAAAGCAAAUAUCGGACCACGCCGAAGCCAUUUAUCAGACAUGGAAAUCUCGAGGAUUAGCACCAGCAGAGAUCCUGACAUGCCACAGCAAUGCAACUGCAGCUGACAAAUUCGGAUCAGCAUUAACUCCUCAACCUUCACAAACAUUACCUCACCAAUCAAAAUCAUCUCCAGUCAAGUCAUCUCUGCAAACAAAAUCAUCUCCUGUGAAGACUCCGUCCAAGUCUUCUGCUGCCAAAUCUCAACAGGCUUCAUCCGUUACCGUCGACCUCCUCGCCUCUGCACCGACGUUGGACGCAAAUAACCUUGAACAAUUGGUGAAUAACUUCGUCGUCGAGGACAAAGCGAGACUUGCAGCGGCAAGACAAUUACAGAAAUCAUCACCCGCUAAAUCUCUGCCUUCUUCAAUUCAGUUCGCCCUCCAGAAGUUUGAGAAGCAAGUACCAUCAGAUGUACAACAACAGGUAUCAAAAUCACCAACAUCGUCGACUUCAUCAUUAUCCUCAAAGCCUGCAGGGCCACAUCAUGAAAUCAAAUCUCAACCUUUGCAAACGAAAUCUCCCACUGUGGGCGCUUACACCUCCCAUCUGACCAGGAGUCCUACUUCUUCUGCUCCAUCCUCAGCGUCCCAGCAGAUAACGCCAAUCAUUAAAUCUUCCACACCUGUGCCUCAUCAUGGUUCAUCCAAAAUGGACACAAUUGAAACUACUUUCCCGAAAGACCUGCCACAACAACAAAAACUAUUAACAGCAGAAACUAGUUCAGAAAAAACAGCAUUACCCACGCCGUCAUCAUCGGGUUUAACAACGUGGCCUCUAAAGAAUAAAUCCGUUACAACCAGUGGCGGUAACGACAGACGCAGUGCUGUUAUUGGAGUGAACCCCGCUGGUUUCGACGUCUCUAGUAACAGGAAAGAUGACACUACAUCUUCCAGUGGGAAAUUCGUAACUUUACCGUCCAACAAAUCCAACGGUAACGCGAAAGACGCUGUUGCAUAUCUCGAUGAAGUGGCACGAGAAGAAGAACGCCUUAUAAAUGCUUUAAAAACUGGAAUUAUUAUUGCUGAAGAUCCAACGAAGAUGACAGCUCCUGGUAGUAAAAUUUCCGAAAAGAAGAUCAGUGGCGUUUUACACAAAAAAUCGUCCACCAAAGACAAUAAAGUUAGCUCGGUAGCAAAGAAAGCAAAGAAACAGCAGCCGGUGGAGACUGUUACACCGAAGUUUCCUGUAACGGCUUCAGUGGCUCAGACAAGAAAAAACUCCGAGGCAUUAGGUGCGACAACUACUAUUCCCUCGCCAACCCUGUCGACAGUGGCAGCUCCUCCUCAACCGCAGCCCUUCGUUUCUUCGCCUGUAUCGAAAUUGUCAUCUUCGACGGAUUUAGAGUCUCCAAAAUCACAACAGGCCCAAGCGUUGCCGGCAGUUAACAGCAAAGAUGAACUGGACAAGUCUUCACUUUCAAGUCUUUCAGUUGUGGACUAUGCCAAAGUGCGUUAUCGUGCUGCCCAGCAAAAUCCUUUGACGCAGCAAAGACUAGAAGAUGUGAAACAGUUCGAACAACAAAGAAGUAUAACAGGAAUUACAAGUGUCAGUGGUGUUGCGUCUGUAGACAGCAAACAUUUGCAUCAUAAUGAAGUGAUUCCCGUGGCCCGAAAUAGGUUCCAAGUUAGUCCGCGGCCAACCGGUUCGGAUGGCCCCACGACUCCCACAUCUCCUGAGAACUGGCGCCCUGACUGGCUUCCGGGAGGACGUGUUGGAGUAGACGAUGAAGUUCCGCAUGUAAAACGAAAGACCGGGACUCCAUCAACAAACCUAGCCAGACCAGUUCGUCAUCCUCCUGUAGAUUCCCACCCUCCACACCAAGAGAAUGCCAUUCAACAACGAUUCCGAACAACAGGAACCGGAAGUGUAACAAAUCCAGUUCGCCCGUUCCUUACCAGAGGAUCAGUAGCAGAACGCGUCCUCAUAUUCGAGAAGUGUCCAAGUGAACUGUUGCUGGAAAAAAGGAACCGAGGGGCUCCGGUCAUCACCACCUGGAGAUCUGGACACGAUGUUCACGCCAAAGCACAGACUUAUUCAUCUCGGGAUAGCAGCAAGGAUUCAAGCCUGAGAGCCAGUCAUCUCCCACCAAACACUACACUCCAGCGACAUGUUAAGGCAAACAGGAAUGUACAUAUACCAAGAUUUUACUACCCUCAGGGUAAACCCACCAAUGAGCAUUUUGGAGAUGCUAUUCUGCAGAAAAUAUCUUCAGUCUUCCAGCAAUUUCCAAACCAGCAAGUGCCUCGUGAGAAGUUUGACACAGUUACCAAGGCUUGUCAGUGCUCCUUGUACUGGAAGAUUCCAUUAUUUAUUGCAGCUGGAGGGGAUAAACUUGGUUAUGUGGAAGCAAAUACUUUCACUGAUUUCUGGAAGAAAAUGAUUUCAGAAUGCCAUGACAAGACAUCAAGGUUUGUCUACAUAAUGACAAGAGGUACGCAAGAAUUCUUGGUUCCUGAGGACUUCAUACCCUUGGUCCAAGAUGUAGUAGAUACACAUCCAGGUCUUACAUUUCUCAAAGAAGCCACAGAAUUCCACUCCCGAUAUGUACAUACAGUGAUUGCUCGCAUCUACUACUGUGUGAACAGGUCAUGGAGUGGGCGCAUCACAUUGCCAGAACUCAGGAGGUCAAACCUCUUGAACGUUAUACAACUCCUUGAGGAGGAGGAAGACAUCAACCAAGUGACUGCAUACUUCAGCUAUGAGCAUUUCUAUGUCAUCUACUGCAAGUUCUGGGAGUUGGACCGUGACCAUGAUCUCUACAUUGAUAAGCAGGACCUCACAAGACACAGUGACCAUGCACUUUCAUCACGCAUGAUAGAUCGAAUAUUCUCAGGAGCAGUGACACGUGGGAAUCGACAGCAGUUACACGAGGACAAGAUGAGUUACACUGAAUUUGUGUGGUUUCUUUUGUCUGAGGAAGAUAAAACACAUCCAACAGCUAUUGAGUACUGGUUCAGAUGCAUGGAUCUGGAUGGUGAUGGUUACCUCUCCAUGUAUGAACUAGAAUAUUUCUAUGAAGAACAGCUUCAGAGGAUGGAAGCCAUUGGCAUAGAGACUUUACCCUUUGAGGACUGUCUCUGUCAGAUGCUGGAUAUGCUCCAUCCGACAGAAGCAGGAAAAAUUUCUCUUGGAGAUUUAAAACACUGUAAAAUGACACCCAUCUUCUUUGAUACAUUCUUUAACCUGGAAAAAUAUCUCGACCAUGAGCAGCGCGAUCCAUUUGCUUCUCAGCGAGACCAUGAUACAGACGGUCAUGAGAUGUCAGAUUGGGAUCGAUAUGCAGCUGAAGAAUAUGAACUUCUAGUAGCUGAGGAAGGAGUGAAUGAAAAUCAAGAUGAAGUCCUCCUUGAUGAUGAUAAUGAAGGUGAAGAUGUCCUAUCACCAAACCUUGACCACCUUGUGGUCAAUCAUGUAAAAAGUAAUGAUGGACGAAGAACAGAUUUGAUGUUCAGAGGUUCUGGCAGUGUCAGUAAUGGUAGAGAAUGGAAAAAACCGAGCUUCACAGUUACAGACUUUGAUAUGGACGAUGACGACUAUGCAGCUGACAGUGAUGAUUGCUCCGUCUGAUCUAUAUACAACUUCCUAUGAUGGAAACUGCACUCUGAUCAUCAGUUUCACAAUUUUUUUAUCACCUUUAGGGGUUUUAUUAAUGCCUGUAGCUCUUUAAAACUUACCAGCUAUAAUGUGUUGUACUUGGGCGUGUUUACUGCUGUGUAUCACUUGCAAAACCAUAAUGCUUCAAUGGACAAUCAGAAUAUCUGAAAUUCAAGAUAAUUCACUGCUUCAGUCACAUAAAUUGCAAGUGAUGUGAAGAACAUACAAUUUUGCAGUUUCAGUGAUAUGUGAACAUUCACAAUUUUCCAAGUGCACUUGUACUCUUCAAGAAGCCUGAAAUAUCUUCAAAUGUGUGUGUCUGUAUUACAGACUCAUAUUUUUGCUAUUUGUGAAUUGUCACAAGUUGGAAGUAGAGGUGUAAAGUAGUGACAUCAGUGGAGUUAUUUAAAUUUAACAAGAUUUUUACCUUAUACCAUGCAGAUGUUUACAUCUGAGAGUUUUCUUCCAUUCAUGCAGAAUUUGUGUUCAUUUCUCAGGAAUACAACUUAGAGUUGUUGAUUGCACUGCAUCCAAAUCUUAAACGUUAAAAAGCUUCCUACAUUAGAAAUAAAAGAAUUAAAAAUUACCCUAUCAAGAAGACAAACCACCAUUUGUGAAGACUGCAACUACAAAUGUUUUGUAGAAUGUUUUGCAAGUGUUUUGAAAACUGUUUUUUAAAUGUAAUAUUUUUAAUUAUAACGGUGUGUAUAUAUUGGAUAACAGUAGUGAUAAACACAUAGUAGUUGAUUGUUAAAGUCUAAUAUUACAAAGAAAUGUAAGGGAGUUUUUUGAUAUUUUAAAUUUGAAUAUUGGUUGUUUUGAGAGCUGGGGUAGCUCAGUCAGUAUAGUGACUGGCUACAGACAGGACAACUGGGGUUAGAUCCCCAACAAGGGCAGAGAAUUUUUUCUAUGAGCUAUGAGGCCACCCAGUCUCCUCUCUAAUGGGUACCAGGGUUCUUUUCUGGGGGUAAAGUGUGGCCAGGGCGUGAUGCUGACCACUCACCCCUAUCUAGUGAUGAGGUUAAGAAUGAAUAGGAGCUAAACUUCCUAUACCCCCCAAGUGCCUACAUGGCAUAUAGUGGGACAGAUUUACUUUACUUUACUUUAUUAGUUAUUUUGGUUGGAGUGAAUACUUUCCACCAUUUAAUGUGAAAUAUUUAAUAAAGUCCUAGUAAGCAUUUCUACUGGCAGUGGGGCAGAAGUAAUAGUGGACUUAGGUUAGAAGUUACCAUUAUUAAAGUCUCAUUGUGGUAAAUAUGUUAAAUAUUGAAAUGACAACAGAGGGUUCCUGAAAUGAAAUUUGAAAAUAAUAAAAGAAGAUUGUUAAUUUAUUCAUUGAAACAGAAAUACUGUAAUUUGAUGUUAUACUAUUACAAACCGAAAUAUAAUUCUUGGCGAUGCAUUAAUUAAGAAGUAAGGUGUCUGUACAGUUUAUGUUAAUUCAGUACAUAAAUUAUAUACUUUUUUAAUAGGAAAAGAAAACCAAGUCAUGAUAUGUAACAUUGAAAGAGCUUAGGAAUAAAGAAAGAUCUUAAGAAAGAAGGAGUAUCAUCUAAGACACACAAGUUCCAAAGUUUCUAGGGUCAAACUAAAUACAUUUUUGUAGCUUCAGUUGUAUCUCAAAAGAAUUUCUUUGCCUCAUAAGAAGUUUGCCAUGGACUGGUUUGUCAUAUGAAAUAACUAAUUACUAAGGCUUAUUGUUCAACUGCAGAGUUCUAUGCUUUCUUUCUUCCAUGUCUGUCAGUAAGAAUGUUGAUCAAGUAUGAGUUGUUUAAUUCUAGAUGUAUUCUACGAAUGAAUUGCAUGUUAAGGUCUUUGUUGUUUUGAAUGUGUUACAUCAGAUCUCUGUUUGUUUUGUAUGUUAGUACUAAAUACUGAUUAUAUAUAUUCAGAAAGUGCCAUUGGAUACAUUAAUCAUAUCCACAUUUUACUGUGUAUAAGAAACAAACUGAUGGUUAUGUAGGCUCAUUGUACAAUUUCUUUCUUUCUAAUACGUGACUGAGUUACAAGUACACACACAAAAUUCAUUUAUACAUGUAUGUGCAAGUAAUGAUGAUGUUAGUAUAACUAAGUUAACAUGAUAUAUUACUGGGUGUGAAUAGAUAUGUUUGUGGAA